AAACGACCAGUUUGACACUGCCGUACGGGAUGAUGCAAUUCCAAGCAGCUAGAAGUAAGUUUAACUUAUUUCGUGUGCAUCAGAACGUCAGCGGCCUGUUUCGUUUAACCUUUUACCAAGUGAAAGCUGAAAAGCGUGUAAUUAAAGUGAACAACACCUCCGAAAACAUGACCGGGCGCUUCCAAAACGAACCACCGUCCACCGGCAAUCGGAAUCUACCGCUGAAAACACCGAAAGGUACGCGAGACUACGGACCCGGAGCGAUGGCACUGCGGCAACGCUUGCUCGACCAGGUGGUACGGGUGUUCCGGAAGCACGGUGCCGUACCGCUCGACACGCCCGUCUUCGAACGGAAGGAGCUGCUGGCAGGACGGUACGGGGAAGAGGCCAAGCUAAUCUACGAGCUGCAGGAGCAGGGCGGUGAACCGUUGGCCCUGCGGUACGAUCUAACCGUCCCGUUCGCACGGUACGUCGCGCUGCACAAUCUCUCCUCGAUGAAACGGUACCAGCUCGCCAAAGUGUACCGUCGGGACAAUCCGCAACCGGCACGCGGUCGCUUGCGGGAGUUCUACCAGUGUGACUUUGACAUUGCCGGUACGUACGAUUCGAUGCUACCGGACGCGGAGUGUGUGAAGGUAGUGUGCGAGGUAUUGCACCAGCUGGAUAUUAGGGCAUUUGUAGUGAAGGUAAAUCAUCGGAAGUUGCUGGACGCACUGCUGGAGGUGUGUGGAGUGCCGGCGGAGAUGUUCCGUACGGUUUGCUCCUCCAUCGACAAACUGGACAAGUUGCCGUGGGAUGCAGUGCGAGAGGAGUUGAUCCUGCAGAAGGGCUUGCAGGUGGAGACGGUGGAGCAAAUCGAACUGUACGUCACACUGCACGGAGGUCUCGAACUGGUUGACCGAUUAGCCGACGAUGAAAAGCUGAACUGCCUCGCCAGGGCGAAGGAAGCGUUGGACGAGUUGCGACUGUUGUUCCAGUACUGCGCACUGUUCCAGGUGGCGGACAGGCUCUCGUUCGAUCUUAGCCUGGCCCGUGGACUCGACUACUAUACGGGCGUUAUAUACGAAGCCGUACUGGUUGGGGCCGACGACGACAACGAAAGCACCCAAGCAGCGUUCGUUGGUUCCGUUGCCGGCGGUGGCCGGUAUGACAAUUUAGUGGGCACGUUUAAUCCACACCGGAAACAGCUGGUCCCGUGCGUCGGAGUAUCGAUCGGGGUGGAACGGUUGUUCUGCAUCAUGGAGGCAAGGACCAGGGAGGAACCACGCACCAACGACACGCAGGUGUACGUGGCAUCUGUCCACAAAGGAUUGCAUCUGAAGCGGCUGGAGAUACUCAACCGGCUGUGGGCGGCAGACAUUGGUGCGGAACACUCCUACAAGAGAUCUCCCAAGCUGCUGGAUCAGCUGCAGUACUGCGAACAGUACCGAAUCCCGUAUGCCGUCAUCAUUGGGGAUGGUGAGCUGGCUCGUGGUGUAGUGAAGCUGCGAAACGUUGCCACCCGCCAAGAGGAAGAAGUGGAGCUGGAAAUGCUCAUCGAGAAGGUUUCCAGUCAGCUUUUAAACGGUCCAUAA